AUGUCGAGUGUCAAUGUGUCGGAGGAUGCGAGUCCAGCCAACAUCAAUUUGAAGCAGCUCAAGGAGGCUAUCCCGGCAGAGUGCUUCCAGUCAUCAGCUACCACAUCGCUACUGUACCUGGCCAGAGAUAUCAUCUAUGCGGCAGCACUGGUCUAUACCGCCCUACAGAUCGACUCGAUCCCAAGUCCAUGGCUGCAGGCGGUGGCAUGGCUAGCCUACACAUUUGCCCAAGGAUGUGUUGGCACUGGUCUGUGGAUCCUUGCCCAUGAGUGUGGUCAUGGCGCUUUCUCUCCCUACAAAGGACUCAACGACUUCGUUGGAUGGGUAGUGCACUCGUUUCUCUUGGUGCCGUAUUUCUCUUGGCAGAUAACACAUGCUCGGCAUCAUCGAUACACGGGCAACAUUGCUAGAGACGUUGUGUUCGUACCGCCGACAGAGACAGAACUGAAGGAGGGCAACCACCGCUUGAGCAAGUUGCUAGAGCACGCCGAGGACACACCUCUGGUCACCUUGGCACGACUCGUCCAGUUCCAAUUGAUCGGCUGGCAGGUGUACCUCGUGUCCAAUGCAACGGCUGGCAAGAAAAGCUUACCUGACACUGAUAAUGCGACGACGUCUUCGACCACAGCGAAUCAUUUCACUUUGACUAGUCGUCUCUUCAGCCCGAGUCAGCGAUGGUCAGUGUUGCUAACCGACAUUGGCCUUCUUCUAACAUUCGGUUUCCUCUACUUUGUCUCGACCCGCGUGGGCGUUAAGACAACGCUUCUCCUGUACCUGGUCCCAUACCUCUGGGUUCAUCACUGGCUAGUCGCAAUCACAUACCUCCACCAUACCCACCCCGACAUACCCUACCAUACCGAAGAAACCUGGACGUUCACCAAAGGCGCGAUGGGCACCGUCGACCGCAGCUGCAUGGGUUUCAUUGGCCGCCACUUCUUCCAUGAAAUCGUCGACUAUCAUGCAGUCCACCAUUUGUUUCCCAAGAUCCCAUUCUAUCAUGCCGAACGAGCUACUCACGCCAUCACGCCUCUUAUGGGCGACCGAUAUAUGGAGGCAAAGAAUGAAUCAUUCUUGGGAUCAUUGUACAGUACUUUCAAGUCUUGCAACUAUGUUGCUGAGAGGCGUGAUGAGAAGAAUCAGGCUGGGACUGGGCAGCUCUUUUGGGUGUUGAAGCGUGAGUAG